GGCCUAGAGGAGUUGCACAUCAGUCGCAGGUGGAGUGCGGGCGAGCUGGCACGAGGCAGGAGGAGUUGGGCAGUGAGAUGCAGCUGUUGGCGGUGUGCGCAGUGCUGGCGGCGGCGGGAGCGUCGGGCGCUCUGGCCACGGUGGACCUAUUCUGCGGCUGCCACGUAAAGCACCGCCAGGACUGGACGUACGCCAUCCACUGCACCAAAGACCAGGGCGGGAGCUCGGGGGUUUCUUGCAACAAAGCCCAGGUGCCGGAGAUUCCGCGGGACUACCACUAUGUACCGGGCUACGCCCUGGUCAGGCUACAUCGCACUUUCAAGCCGUGGGCCGCAGCCAAGAAGGUCUGCGAGGAAGAGGGGGCGCAGCUUGCGGUACCUCCAGACCGCUACGCAUACGACGGGCUGAAGCAGAUCUUCUCCAAAGAGAAAGGGAUAUGGUACGCCUACGUCGGGAUCUCAGAUCAAGUCAGCGAAGGCGUAUUCACUGGACUGGAUGGUCGGCCAGCAGCGUACCUGCCGUGGCAGCCUAACGAACCCAACAACGACAGAGACGAGGACUGCGUCAACGUCCGCGACGACGGCCUGGUGAACGACGAGCAGUGCAGCAACCCGGCGCCAUUCUUCUGCGAGCGCCGUCUUUCGGUGGGCGUACCGGAUACCUACACUUGGUUCUCAGAGGCGGGGCGCUUCUACAGAGUGCACCGGGAGAAGAAAGCGCACGCACAGGCAGCCGAAGCCUGCCGCUCUGAGAACGCGACGCUGGCAGUGACCGACACCUGGAGCCGAGGGCUGGCGCUGGUGCGCCAACUCGAGGUGAACAACGACUACUACCUGAUGGGCUUCACGGACGAAGCUGUCGAGGGCGACUUCGUCACUGAGACAGGAAGGCAUCUGAGAGACAUGGAGUUCCAGGUGUGGGGUGUUAACGAACCAAACAACUUGGGCCAGGGGAAGCCCGAAAACUGCCUGGCUCUGUCAGGCUUGGGUGCCUAUAACGAUGUGCGCUGCGACUUGGAGCUACCCUUCAUCUGCGAGAUAGUGCCCAUAUAGUGAGCUCACAGUCCCAGGACACAGGUCUGAGGGUGCAACCGGCAUUCUCCCUGCCUACCACGAAUAAAAAUUAAGUUAUGCGAAAAGCGUGGAUAUCCUCUCCGAUACUGCAAGGCCGACUGAAGUACAGAGCAAUUUGGGUAUAUGUGACUUAUUAUUAAAUAUUUCACUAUAA